UCCUACAAAGGUGAUGGCACGUUUUAUACCGUCGGCCUUGGAUCAUGCGGCACCGACGACAGCAACAGCGAUCUCGUAGCUGCUUUGAACGCGCCUCAAAUGGGCUAUAGCGCAAACCCAAACAACAACAAAAACUGUGGACGUAAGGCGCGGGUGAAGGGCCCCAAAGGCUCGGUUACUGUGAAAAUCGUCGACACUUGCCCUCCGUGCAAGAAAGGUGAUCUCGAUCUGAGCCCAGCAGCAUUCGGCAAGAUUGCUGACUUUGACGACGGAAGAGUCGAUAUUUCCUGGUCUUGGGCAUAA